AAAAAUAAGACGAUUCACCAUUAACCCUAAAUACGAGAAAAGAUCGUUCCAAACCCACCAUCUCGUAAUAGACCCAUCGGUGCAGCGUCUCGGCCGUGGAGGUUGGAAAAAGUGUGGGGAAAAGAACCCAAAAAUCGGGACAAAAAUCGCUCAAACUCCAAACAAUCAUCCGACUCUUACAUGAAAUUAAACCCACCAUGGCCUCGGAUCACCCCUCGGUUGAGGAUCUAAUUGAUCGCCGGACAAGACAAGUAUCAACAGACAGCCCACGGUCAACAAGAAGCAGAAGACAUCUACGAUCGUCGUUACCGACUCGGGUGAGCAGUGCCUGUGAACGAUGCCGUCUACAUAAAUCUCGGGUAAGCCGAUUUUCCUUCCUUUUCCUCGGCAUUGAAGAGUCCUGCUAAAGACGACUGGGGGGAUUAUUAAUAUGAUUACAGUGUGACCCUUUCCGACCGUGCACGCUUUGUGUAAGAGCCAAUGUGGAUUGCCAGGCUUUGCCGGCGCAGCAGAAGAAUGCUGCUCGAAAGUAAGUUCGUGGAAUUCCUUCUCGGCUUCAGGGUGGCUGAUGUGAAUGCAACGUUGCGGGUGCAGCCGAGUGGCAUCCCGACGUACGUUGAGGAAUCCUCGGCGUCAGUCGAAGCCCCCACGCCUGGACCAGGCCGAACAGCCGCCGGAUCGUGAGGACAGUCCUCGCCAUGAGGUGGAAGUGCCGGACGCUAAUGCGCCUAGUGUUGACUUCCUUCCGGCGGAUGAACACAGCGCCCGCUCAGCCAUCGACUGCGGCGAGGCCGAGUCGGCCAUGGGCCUGGCGCGGAAGAUCUGUGAACUUGGGAGUCAACACAUCGACGAGCGAACGACGUUUGCUAUUCCAGGGUACCGAGCAAGUACCAGUGCGCCUGUCGCGCAGUCCGCCGUGGCUGGCCAACGGCUCCCCAUAUCCUCGAUCUUGGACCAGCCGUUACCCGUUGGGGAGUUGAUGUAUGAACUGUUGGAGGAGUAUUUCGAUGCGAUCCAUUGGUUCUCACUGGUAGUCUAUGAACCCAAAUUCCGCCGACGACUGCGCUCGAUCGAAGAUGGCUCGGCCUACCCAUCACAGAAGCCGUUUCUCUUGCUGCUGGCGGUCAUGCUCGGAAUGGCCGCUUGGUACCGAUCACAACGGAAUCGCGACGCCGAGGACACCAGGGAUCAUUGGCGGCAAUGGAGUGCCGAUCUCAUAAAGAUCGUUGAGGCGAACCUGGUCGAAUUGAUGGACCAGCCUUCCGUGACAGCCGUACAGACCUGCAUCCUCCUCGGAUCCCACCAUGUCUACCAUGGCCGACCAAACCUCUCCUUCGCGCUAUUAGGCGCAACAAUCAAAAUGUCUCAAGCGCUGGGCAUGCACCGGGAACCCGUCCAGGGCGAAUUCGGAGACAUUGAAGAAAGAAAGCGAGUAUGGUGGACGAUCUACACAUGGGACCGGUUUGCAUCCAUCACCUACGGUCGGCCUUUGGGCAUCAACGACAAGGAUUGUAAUCUCAGCAUGCCCGCUGACACGUUAGAGAACCCAUGCUUUACCACCCCGGGAUCAGGCGACCAUAACAUGAUAUGCUAUUCCGCGUACCAGCGCGAGUUAAACCGCCUCUACCUGAUCGCCUCACCGGCGCUAGAGGCGGUAUUCGGUUCACGUACCUUUCGUACAUCCCAACAGCUAGCCGGAAAUACAUAUGCUUCUCUGGUCAAGCAUGCCACUCAAGAGCUGCAACGAUGGCGAGUCUGUCUUCCGGCUCAUUUAGCAUUAGACCUCGAGCGAGACUACCAUCCAGACGGAGAACCCGGGUCCAGGGCACACGCGUUACAGUCAUUAUCAUUGCAACUCACAUACGACAACGUCCUCAUCGUCCUCCAUCGACCGCUACUCGCACGACAAGUCGACCAUCUCACCUCGACCACACGACCACCGCACGGCAGCAGCGACGGCGGUUCACCCGCAUCCCAUCCAGCCGCUGCAUCCUCUGGCCACUCCACCCCAGGCCUAUCUUUCGAGGCCCCUUUCCCCACCGCACAAGCAGCAGCCAGCUCAGAUCUAUGGAUGAACGCAGCCGUGCGAACAGCCCGCGUGACAGAAAUGCCUGUCCUGGCCCAGCUAGCAACGGACAGCCACCUCGUCGCCUUCCUCGCAAUCAACCUCUUCAACGCUGCCAUCGUGCUGGUCGUGAUGGCCCUCUCCGAACCCCUGUCCGAUACCGCGCAGGUCGUCAAACGGACCAUCACACGCAUCCUCCGUCUCCAGGACCUCAUCGGGACCCGAUCAGCAUUGUCCAAACAGAGUACCAGCGUUCUAAAGAACGUGGUUACAAUGCUCCUCCGUCGCGAGUCGGAGGUCAUAUUCGGGCCCAUCACCGCAUACCCCCAGAGACUGGGACAUCAUGUCACGCAGGAUCCGACCAGCCUUGGCCGCAUGUCAGUCGAGGAUACGUUGCGACUACCCUUAGACGGAACAAUAGGGCUGUCCGAUCCAAUAGUGGGCAAUCAUAUCCGGCCUGAUCCUGGCCGGGCGGUUCGGUUGAAUGAGAGUUUGACGACUGUUCACCAUGGUAAUUAAUUAUCUUCUUUCGACAAAACUUAGAUAGUCCGAUGCUAAUGUGAUCUCCUGAUUAGUUCUACCACCCGGGAAUGACCGCUCCGUCAAUAUUCUCUCCGGCGAAAGUCACCAGACUCAUCAGGCGCCCAAUGAAAAUACCGAGUCCCAAUUCCCCUUACAGGUCCCGAUGGACUAUGGUUGGGAUGGUGCUGGCGCUGUCCCAAUGGGGGUGGAAGACCCUUAUCUAGGGAAUGGUGAAAGUGGGAUGUAUUGGUUAUGGGAUAUGACAUGGGAUGGAAUGGGCGGUUAAGACAUGAGGAAUUCUUUUCAUUGUAUUAUUCUUUUUU